AUGUGUUUGCUGCGCAGGCUGCUCGCCCCCCUAUGCGUAAUUCUCCUGAGUGUGAGGCAGCAGCACGCGAGGGUUUGCUCGAACAGGUUUGCGGCUAACAAAUUUGGGGCGAACAAAUUUGCGGCGAACGUGCUGGGCGGCGGCGCGCGUGUAGCGGAGCCACCCCGGGGGACGGAGGCCCUGAAGAGGCGCACGGGAAGGAGGAGCAGCACCCCCCUCAACAGUGACAAGAAGCAAAAGGAGACACCACAGCAUGGCUACUACUUUACGAAGGAGAAAAACAAAAUAGUAAAAAAAAAAAAAAAAAAAUUUUCACUGAAUUAUUGUAGAGACCCCAAAACAACAGCAAGGGGAGUAAAAAGGAGAAGCCACUACCCCCUCCUUUUUAUAUCCCCCCCAUCCACAUCAUUAAGCGAAAUUACCGAAAGUGUGAAGGCCCUCUUCAACGUAGACUACAUAGAGAAUAACUACCUCUAUUCUUACAUCAAAUCGUUUAGAAGGACCCCCCCGAUAACCAAGCUGUACCUUCUCUGCACCUUACUUUUGAGCAUCUGCAUGCAUGUGAAUAAAAAUAUUUACAAGUUGAUUCUGUUCGACUUUGGGAAGGUGUUCUAUGAGGGUCAAUUGUGGAGACUAAUUACGCCCUAUUUUUACAUAGGCAAUUUAUACCUUCAGUAUUUCCUCAUGUUUAACUACCUGCACAUCUACAUGUCUUCUGUCGAAAUUGCACACUACAAGAACCCGGAGGACCUGCUAACCUUCCUCACGUUUGGCUACCUGUCUAACCUCCUUUUUACCAUAAUAGGGAGUAUGUACAGUGAAAAUGUUAUGAACCUCCAACGGUAUGUGAAUCAGCUGAGGAGAGUUAUCCUUUUAGGGGGAAAGAGCUCUUCCACCAAGGGAGACACAACCGUGCGUAUAGCAAAAGAGCAGUACAACCACCUCGGUUAUGUUUUCUCCACGUACAUCUUAUAUUACUGGAGUAGGAUCAACGAAGGUACUCUUAUUAACUGCUUCGAGCUCUUCCUCAUCAAGGCGGAAUAUGUUCCUUUUUUUUUUAUCAUCCAGAAUGUUUUGCUAUACAAUGAAUUUUCUCUCUUUGAAGUUGCAUCCAUUUUGUCUAGCUAUUUUUUCUUUACAUAUGAGAAGAGCUUGCAGUUGAAUUUUUUGCGGCGCUUCAACUUGGCCCUGCUCAAGGCGCUGCGCGUCUACCCCAUGUACGAGGCCUACAGGGAGGAGAGGACCCACGCGAACACCCCAAAAGUGAGCACCCUGAAGAGCAUGGACAUGCCCAGCAUCCGCCAAAGUGUCCAGCUGAGCAAAAAAAAAAACCUCAAGUCGAAAGCCCUCUGGAGGAACUACCUCUACGUAGUGAUUCUCAAGCUAUACAGCAACCAAGUAACCAGCUACGUAGAUCUUAUGAUCAUCUUGAAGCUGCUAAGCAAGCAACUCUCCCUGGAGAAAAAAGUGCUAAAUUUUAUCUGCGAAAAAAUGGAGAGUCACAUGUACAAGCUGACCAUCAGGGAGUUAAGUCUCCUCAUGCUCCUCCUCAGGAAGCACAAAUUUGACAACCUGUAUUUCUUAAACCUGGUGGCGAAAUCUAUACUAAUCAAAAUGAAUAAGAAUGUGUCUUAUAAGGACCUCGCGUUGAUUACCUUCAGUCUGUCCAGGGGCAUUUCCCUCACCGAGAAGGUCUAUACGAGUGAAAUCUUCCACUUGAGCGUUGUAAAAAUACACAACGAUUUGAAGAAUCUAAAUUUCCACUCCCUCACUUUGUUCUUCUACUCCUACAGCCUCUAUUUUCUCCACCACUUUGAGCAGUUUAACCAUUUUUUUUACCUGACCAGGAGUUUCAUCCAAGUGAUAAAAAAAAAUCUCUUUCUCUUCAACCCCACCGAUUUGAUGUUCACUUUUUUGUCCGCCGUGCAUGUUUGCGGCGCUUUUAGUAACGCCCUCAGGAGUGGGCAGUGCCACGGGGCGAGGCAUUCUCCAGGUGGGCAGCUCUCACAGGGCAGUGCAGCCCUACUCAGUGGAGGACCUACGAAUAACCAGGCGUUGACCAACUAUAGUGCUGCCAAUGACCAGACAACAUCUUCACCAGUGAAGACACCUCCAGGGGGGAAACCCACCACGAGGAAUGUUCCUUCCAAGGAGCUUCAUCAGGGGAAUUACUCCAAGGGGAAAGCGGAGCAACAGGACGGAUCCACCCGCGAAGAGGCACUCUCCAAUUUUCUAACCCAAGUGAAGCACGCCAUUGUGGAGAAGCUACAAUGCUUCAAAGUGGAGGAAGUGACAAACGUGCUGUUUGCCUCCCUAGACAGAGACUUCGCCAUCAACGGGAGGUACUUCCCCUUUCUGCAGAAGGAUAGGAUACACAUUUGGGAUUACCUGCGUGUGUACGUGGGGAGGGGGCGGAGCUGCGAGGGGGAUGAGAAGCGCAAAGAGCAGCACACGGAAGAUCAUCACACUGAACGGGGAGAACUCACAGGCAGUCGCGCCGACCCCCCCCAGGUGGCAUCCCAGCCGACGAACUACCUCAUCAGAGUGAGCCAAGCCGCUCACCAGGGGGAAUCCUUCGUCAACCCACUGUCGGAGGAAUCCUUCCUCAACGCACUGUCGGAGGAAAUAAUUUACCGCAACGAAUUUUUGACGGCGCGCCAGAUCCUCCUGCUGCUGCACGCCCUAAGAGGGACGAACACCCCAUUUGUACGGUUGGAGAAAAUCCUGCUGAAGCGAUUGGUGUGCUUGGAAAAGGAACUAUCGUUCAGCCAAGCCAUGUUCGUCUACCAGUACCUCUACGUCAGGACGUGUCUCUUCCACGAGUUAAGGAGGUAUGCCCCAAAAGUGUAUAAACGGGAGGGGCAGAAAGAAGAGGUGUUCCUCCUGUGCGAUGGUGACAAUGGGGUGAGGCAAAAUGACCAAAGGGGAGACCAACCCACCCUGCCAAGUGAACUCCAAAGGGAUAAAGACAACCAGGUGUACUACCUCCACGAUGAUACAUCCCACUUGAAGAAGAGGAGAAAAAGGGACAGAACAAAAAUAUUUCUCUAUGAUCACUUUAUUUUUAAGUACCCUGCACAGGUCAGCACAGAAGGGGAAGAAGUCAAAAAAUUAGAAGAAAAAAAAAACCUAACACAGUUCAUUAGUCUGGAAAGGAGAGACUCCUUUAGGGAAGUAAAUCCUCCAACCCUAACGCAAGAAGGGGAGAACCCCCCCCCUGGAGAGGCCGAAUACCAAAUCACGUGCUUCAAUUUCUACCUAGAUGUGUACAAAAUCGUUUGCCUAAAAAUGGUAAACUCUCUAAAGAAUGAAAGACUAACCCCCCACACAACCCUUCACCUUCUAGACAUCUUCAAAAGGUUAAACGUAAGGGACUACAGAAUGAUCAGGUACUUUUACAAAAUGGAAAAAGAAAUUUUAUUUUUGGACAAUCUCACCCUGGAGAGGCUCCUAAAAGUGCUUGUUAAUUUUAACCUCUACAAUUUGUUGCAUCAUUUGGGCGUUCAUAAAAUUUUGCAAUUUGUUAACUUCAACUCGGUGGAGGAAUGCGUCUCCUUUUUGGGUCUCCUCGGCUUGCUCUCCACUCGGGGGGGGGAGAAGCCCUUCUGCAGUUUGCCAAACGAAUGCACUGAAAAUGCCGUCAGUUAUAUUUUAAAAAAUAUUAAACACUUGAGGAGUACCCACCAGUUGGAGCAGAUUCAGGUAACCCCCGUGUACAAUUCGCUGCCCCUCAGAUACUUCAAGCUGUUCAAAAAUGUGCGCUCUGUGGGGGGCCUGGCUCAGCUUUGCGCCCAACGGAGAGCGGCGAAGCAAAGUCACCUUGCCUGGUCAGCUGAAAAGUAUCAAAAAAUGGCGAGCAACUUUGUGCUGCGUUCCGUGGAUGACGUCCACUUGGGGAAAGCGUCACUUGGGUUGAGCGGCAACCGAUCACGCGGCAGCUGGUCGCGUGGCCGAAUGGGGCAACCCCCAAGUGGCACCGGUCGGACGAUUUGCCUCAGCGAGUACAGAGACAUCCAGGAGGAAAUAUUUCGAGACCUGCACACAAUUUUUUCGCCGACGGUUGAAGUUUACAAAAACGUGAGCGUGUCGAAUUAUACGUUUCCGCUGGCUAUUAAUUUGCUGACGCUGGGGGGGGGAGCGCCUUCCUCGGCUGGCUCGGCUGGAGCGUCUGGAGCGGCCGACUUGGCUGUCUCAGCUGACUCGAUCGACUCGGCUGACUCCACUAACAUCGCUCACUCCGCUCACUUGGCCGACGUGGCGAAGACGCACCCGCUCGUUACCCAGCGCCGAAGCGAUGGACCCAGCGGGCCACGCGAACUGAACAGGAAAAACACCCUCCUCGUGGACAUCCUGUACGGCCACGACUUUUACUAUUCCCUGAGCGGAGCGAAAGAGAAAAAGCUGAAGAAGCAUAACAUCUUCGUGUGCUACUAUGGCAUGCAUGCGAAGAAGGCGAAUAAAAAAUUGGUCAACUAUAAGAAGCACGCCAUUUUGAAGUGCAUCAAAAAAAAUGGGUACAAUUACAUUUGCAUUGAUGCGAAGACGUAUGUAAAAAACAAAAAAAAAAACAGAGACAAUCACCUGAAUAAGGGUUACCUAACUAGUUUGAUCCUCCAUUUGGUUAAGAGGAAGAGGGCAAUUCCCCUGGGCACAAACAGAAGGGUCAGUGGGAAAAACAGACCAGCUACAUCGCGGCGACAGCGCAGAAGAGGGUCACUUUUGCGAGCGAAAAGGAACACGCACAGCGCUGAAGAGCUGGCCUCCCACGUGGAGACGAACAAACACCUCCGCAAGAUGCACACUGGGGGAGAAAAGAGGGGCCUCCCCGGGACCAACCAUCUGGACAAGCUACGGCACAUGUUCCAGCUUGGGUAGGCGGGGUCAUUUUGCACACGCAUCCGCGCGACUGUUUCGCGCAACUGCUUCUCGCAACCGUUUCUGCUUGCGCUAAUUUUUUUUUUUACGUUUCGCGUGCCCCCUUUGUGUGCGCCGCGAACUGAAUGCGCGUUUCCCCCACUUGGGCCUCACCCACCGAGGCGAACGCGCCUUUUCGCAAAAGCCCCCCCUGCGCGGUGCGGGGCACAGGGGUUGUUUUUUUUGCAAAUUAUUUUGCCGGUUCUUUUGCCGUUUUUUC